CGCGGCCGUAGCUCCGUUUCCGGUGGCUCGCCGCGCUCGCUCACUCCAGCUGCAGCCACUCUCGCCCGUGGCUGCUUCCUCCAUCCUGGUAUUUUUUGGAGCCUCCAUCCUGGUUCUUCCCAAGUGCCCGGACCCAAAACAGGAAGCUCACCUCAAAAAAUGUUUUUUGGGACUGAUGUAGGACCUGCGUGUUCUUUGGGAAUCUAAUUGAUUGCAGUUGCGCUAGAUGGUGGAGCCAAAAUGCUAUUGCCCUGUAUUCAGCAACAUUUAAUCAAGUGUGGCACAAGUACGGACAUGGGGGAGAAACAGUUGGGAUAACAUGAAAGUGAUGCUGGUGGCCAAGAGCCGGCGACUUGGUUCUGUGGGAAGGGCUACCCCAGCUCCAUCUGUUGUCUAGAUUUGAGUAUGAGCACAGUUGAAGAGGAUUCUGACACAGUAACAGUAGAAGCUGUGAACUCUGUGACCUUCACUCAGGACCCGGAAGGGAACCUCAUUCUUCACUGCCCUCAGAAUGCAGGAACAGUGGCCUUUCCUGACUGGCCUUCAGCCCAUUCUGGUUCUUGCUGUUGGAUGUUUCAGCCCAGCCAAGAUGCUGAUGAAAUAGACUCAGAAGAUAGUGCUGAGCCGCCACAUAAGAGAGUGUGCUUGUCUUCUGAGGAUGGUCAGAGUGUUGGUGAUUCUGCAUCUUGCAUAUCAGUUGUCGCACUUCCACUUUCAGAAAAUGAUCAGAGCUUUGAGGUGACGAUGACUGCAACUACAGAGGUGGCAGAUGAGGAAAUCAGUGAGGGGACUGUGACGCAGAUUCAGAUUUUACAGAAUGAGCAACUAGGUGAAAUAUCUCCCUUGGGUAAUGAAGAAGUGUCAGCAGUUAGCCAAGCCUGGUUUACCACUAAAGAAGAUAAAGAUUCUUUGACAAACAAAGGGCAUAAAUGGAAGCAGGGGAUGUGGUCCAAGGAAGAAAUUGAUAUUUUGAUGAACAAUAUUGAACGCUAUCUGAAGGCACGCGGAAUAAAAGAUGCCACAGAAAUCAUCUUUGAGAUGUCAAAAGACGAAAGAAAAGAUUUCUACAGGACUAUAGCAUGGGGUCUGAACCGGCCUUUGUUUGCAGUUUAUAGAAGAGUGCUUCGCAUGUAUGAUGACAGAAACCAUGUGGGAAAAUAUACACCUGAAGAAAUUGAGAAGCUGAAGGAGCUCCGGAUAAAGCAUGGCAAUGACUGGGCAACAAUAGGGGCGGCGUUAGGAAGAAGUGCAUCUUCCGUCAAAGAUCGGUGCCGGCUGAUGAAGGACACCUGCAACACAGGGAAGUGGACAGAAGAAGAAGAAAAGAGACUUGCAGAGGUGGUUCAUGAGUUGACAAGCACUGAACCGGGAGACAUAGUUACACAGGGCGUGUCUUGGGCAGCUGUGGCUGAACGAGUGGGUACCCGCUCAGAAAAGCAGUGUCGCUCUAAAUGGCUCAAUUACCUGAACUGGAAACAGAGUGGGGGUACCGAAUGGACCAAGGAAGAUGAAAUCAAUCUCAUCCUCAGGAUAGCAGAGCUUGAUGUGGCUGAUGAAAAUGACAUAAACUGGGAUCUGCUGGCUGAGGGGUGGAGCAGCGUCCGUUCACCACAAUGGCUUCGAAGUAAAUGGUGGACCAUCAAAAGGCAAAUUGCAAACCAUAAGGCUGUUUCAUUUCCUGUCUUAAUAAAAGGUCUUAAACAGUUACAUGAAAACCAAAGAAACAACCCAACACUUUUGGAGCACAAAUCUGGAUCAGGAGUCCCCAGCAGUAAUUGCAGUUCCAGUGUACAGCAUGUUCAGAUCAGAGUUGCCCGCCUGGAAGAGAAUGCAGCCGUCUCUCCAAGUCCCACGACAGCACUGCAGAUCCCAGUGCAGAUCACCCACGUCUCUUCAACAGACUCCUCUGCUGCUACUGUUGACUCGGAAACAGUAACACUAAACAGUGGAACACUACAGGCCUUCGAGAUCCUCCCAUCUUUCCAUUUACAGCCCACUGGCACUCCAGGCACCUACCUGCUUCAGACAAGUGCAAGUCAAGGCCUUCCUCUGACCCUGACAGCUAGUCCCACAGUGACCCUGGCAACUGCUGCUCCUGCUUCUCCUGAACAGAUCAUUGUUCACGCUUUAUCCCCAGAGCAUUUGUUGAACACAAAUGACAAUGUCACACUUCAGUGUCACACACCAAGGGUCAUCAUCCAGACUGUUGCUUCUGAGGAUAUUUCUUCCAUAUCCCAGACAGAACUGGCAGUAGACACUGAUCUUCAGUCAUCUGAUUUUCCCACGCCUCCAGAUGCACUAGAAGCAGACACCUUCCCAGAUGAAAUCCAUCAACCAAAAAUGACUGUGGAGCCAUCAUUUAAUGAUGCUCAUGGAUCCAAAUUCAGUGACCAAAAUAGCACAGAACUGAUAAACAGUGUUAUGGUCAGAACUGAAGAAAUCCUGGAUACCCGCCUUAAACAGGAGGCGGAGUCCCCCUCUCACUUAGCCAGUGCUUAUGUUACAGAGGAUUUAGAGUCUCCCACCAUAGAACAAGUUCAUCAAACAAUUGAUGAUGAAACAAUACUGAUUGUUCCUUCACCACAUGGCUUUAUCCAGACAUCUGAUACAAUAGAUACCGAAUGUGUCUUGCCUUUGACAACACUAACAGAUCCAAUACUCCAUCAUCAGGAAGAAUCAAAUAUCAUUGGUUCAUCUUUGUGCAGUCCUGUUUCAGAAGACUCGAAGGAUGUUGAGGAUUUGGUAAACUGUCAUUAGGUAAUUCUUACAGACAGUUGAAGCAAAGAAGCCGCACUGUCAGUUACCAUAGCUCCAAAGAAAUAGGAGCAGCUCCCACAAGGCUUAUUAAUCUACCAUUCCUCUGGCUUUUGCAUAGCCAGUGCUGAAGCCUUACCUGGGUUUGAUGACAGUGUGUGAGUUGGAGACGCAUAACUGCACAGAUGCCUGUGUUCCUGUUACUAGAAGGAAUGUCGUUACUUGAGCUCCUGAGAAAAGUAUCAGCAAAGCUUAACUGCUCUGGUUGAAAAGCAGUAAUAGAACUUUCUAUCCAGCCUCACAUAAGCCUGGUUAUAUUUUGAAGAACUCAUUAUCAGCAUGUUCUAGUUUGAUAUUUGACCAACAAUCAAAUUACAGAGCCCUAAUAGGUGACUUGACUGUAUGGCACUUACUUUAUUAGCCCAUUGCUGGCAGUGGGAGCUGAUUUAGGCAGGGUAGAGGGGAAAGCAUUAAAGAGUCAAAAAAAUUCACUACAAGUUUUUUUAUUGUUAUUAUUACUUUUAAAAGGAAUAUAGGUGAGAGUAGUUAACAAAACCCACCAGAAGCCAGCAGUUCCCAGCCAUUUAAGAAACCACUGUUCAUUAAUUGACAAAGUAACUUAACUACUUUUAAGUAAAACUAAAUUAUAUGGGGGAGAAGUAAUGUUGCCUAUCCCAGGACUGUUCAUUAUUUCUUCUUUUGCUAUAUAAAUUACCCCUGAAAAUAGCUGGAGUGGAUGGGUACUAGAGUUUACAAUUAAUUUAGUGUAUUAACUGGUUGGGAGCAUGGUAUAACUUCUUCUCAAAACACAAAACAAAAUUUGCUUCUGUUAACAAAAGGAAACAAAUCGAGUCAUUCCUCCAAUUAGAAAAAGGUUAAGCCAAAACUAGCCUCUGCCUAGUCUUGAAAGAACAGGACCCCUAAAGAAAAGUCAUAGAAACAUUGUAUAAAUUAUUUUAUUUAUUACUGUAAUUAGAUCUUCACAAUCAAAGUGUCUUUUUACUGUCUGUGUUUUGUUAAUGUGAAACUGUAGUUCAAGCAAAAGUUGGUUGCCUAGGGAACAACUGUAUAUUCAGUUUAACAGAAAUAAAAGAAUAUUUGUCCUAAAAAAUACGUUGUUGUUACAUUGCCUUUUGCCGUGCAAAUACAGUGUAAGAAAGAAAAAAAAAAAAGCUUGUAAGGGUUGGGAUGUUCACAUGCAACAUUUUUAAAGUAAAAGCAAAGUGAUCCAUAUGUCUCCCUUGCAAUAGGGAAUUCAGAUUUACAAUUAACAUGAAAAUCAUGUAUCAGAUUUAGAGGCCAUCUACCAGCAUUACCUCGUCCGACUGGUUCUCACUAUCAUAAUGCGCUUUGGAAGAGUCCU